GGCCAGAGAGAGGGGGUAGGUACAUGAAUCUCAGUUAAUGAAGACCCUAAGGAGAUUCUUUUCAAAUUUAUGGUGAAAUUUUUCCCAGUGGAUCCUGGACACCUGAGAGACGAGCUGACAAGGUAUCUCUUUGCCCUUCAAAUCAAGAAGGAUUUGGCCCAAGGAACGCUUCCGUGCAGUGACGACUGCACAGCACUGCUGGUGUCUCACAUUUUACAAUCGGAGCUGGGUGACUUUCAUGAAGAAACAGACAGGAAGCAUCUGGAACAAAACCACUACUUACCUAACCAGGGCGGCUUAGACAGCAAGAUCCUGCGCUUUCAUCAAAGACACAUUGGUAAGAGCCCCGCAGAAUCAGACAUCCAACUUCUGGACAUAGCAAGGAAGCUCGAAAUGUAUGGGAUCAGACCUCACCCCGCUAGUGAUGGUGAAGGGACUCAGAUUCAUUUGGCUGUUGCCCACAUGGGAGUGCUGGUAUUACGGGGGAAUACAAAGAUCAAUACUUUCAACUGGGCUAAAAUCCGUAAGCUGAGUUUUAAGAGAAAGCAUUUUCUUAUCAAACUCCAUGCGAGCAUUUCGGUGUUGUACAAGGACACGCUGGAGUUUACCAUGGCUAGUAGGGAUGCGUGCAAAGCCUUCUGGAAGACAUGUGUUGAGUACCAUGCCUUUUUUAGACUCUCUGAAGAACCCAAAUCAAAGCCCAAAACACUCUUCUGCAGUAAGGGCUCAAGUUUCCGCUAUAGUGGAAGAACCCAAAGGCAACUUCUGGAAUAUGGGAAAAAAGGUAGGCUGAAGAGCUUACCCUUUGAGAGGAAACAUUACCCGCCUCAAUACCACGAGCGACAGUGUAGGUCGUCCCCGGACCUCCUCUCCGAUGUGGCCAAGCAGGUUGAAGAUUUGCAUCUCGUGUAUGGCGGUGGGUGUUACCGCAGUGUGAAUGGAGUGCAUGCAUCAGAACCCACGCUGGACAGCAGGAGGAGGAAUUCCACAGUGGAGGUGACGUUCGCAGCUGAGUUUGAGCGCUCCAAACCGGAAGCCGACCCAACACUUCUGCAUCAGUCCCAAAGCAGCUCAACUUUCCCCUUCCUUUACACCAAACCUGACUUCAACGCUGACCCUGAGCCUGAUGAUUUCUAUAGGCCGAAGAGCCCUCUCAACUCCUUCCAGACAAGCUCAGAGUUUGCCAAAGGUAACACAAGCGUAUCUGGGAACACAAGAGGGGUUGUCCCCCCAAGGCAGCAGCUAACCUACACUGAUCUACCUUAUAUUCCCAAUGUUAGCCAGCAGGUUGACAUUGUACCUCCACAAGUCUUUUUUUAUGUGGACCAGCCACCCCAGGUGCCCAGGCGCUCUCCAGCCAUGGCCACUUUAGGGAAGGCAGCCAAAAGAAGCCCUCAUGAUGCCAGGAGGGAGCCCUUUCAGCAUGACUUUCAGGAACUGGAAGAAGCCCUAGCCAGGACUAGCAGCGGGGACAGCCCCAACAGGGGUGUGGAAGAUGAUGACAGAACUCUGGAAGAUGCCUUUGAGUACAGGGUUCAGGAGCACACCCCUAAACGGUCCCACAGCCACUCAGACAUGAAAACCAUCCGCUUUCCUUUUGGGUCAGAGUUCCAACCCCUGGGGCCUUGCCCUGCUCUAAGCCGAAAAGCUGAUUUCUUCACGUACAUGCUUGCCCAGCAGGAGUUUCCAGAGGUCUUGCAGAGUCGGAGUACAGCUGACCAGUAUUCAGGUAGUGAACCCAGUGAUUCAGAACCAGAGAUGCCUCACCCAGAUUACUACGCUCUGUGUGACAAAACAGUGAGAUUACCCAUGACCAGAAUCCGUUUGUCUUCUGCUAGUCUCCAACUAGAUGAAGCAGAAGAGGAGGCGUCUUUUACUACACCUGCUGCUCACUCCGGCAGGACCACUCUGAAACCACGCAAUUAUUUUUUAGCGUAAGUGAUAGACCAAGUUUUACAAAUACUUUUCUUUCUGCAAAAUAUUUUCGACCCUCAUCCUCCUUGCAAAGCACCCUAGGUCCCCAGUGGAGCUACUACUCCUGCCCCUCCCUCCCUCCGCUGUGGUUGGGGGAGGGCGAAAGGGAUUUUGAAGUUAGUGGAGGGGUACAUGUGGCCUACAUCCCCAGCUAUAACCUGAAACGUCUUUUUCACUAGAAUAUAUUGCUUUAAAUGGAGGUUAAGUUAUAUAGUGUUGUUAGCACCAUUAUUCUACCUUAGGGUUAAUAAUUGACUGCCACGGGUGAACAAUUAGGUGGCAUCCUUGAGAGGUACAUGUUGACUUUGGUGGUUGGCCAAUACCGGCAGCAUCAGGACAAGUCUCUCUCUCUCCUCAAGACUCCCAUCGCCACCCUUCUCUUCCUGUAGACACUGUCUGUUCCUCCACAUCUCCUGUGCCAGUGAAGUAUCUUGGUGUAUCUUUCUUGGUUCCCAUUACAAUAAGCACACUGUGUGUUUAUCACAUCUUACGAUGCCUUGAUCUUUCUUAAGUUAACUUGUAACCCCUCUGUUGUCAUCUUUAUUUCUCCAUGUAAAGCCCAAUAUAAGAAACAAGACUAUGUGCU